AUGAGCCUGGAGCCUCUCAAGCCGGAGAUCAAAUCAGCCACGAGGGUGACGGGUGGACCUGCCACCCCCCGGAAGGGACCACCCAAAUUCAAGCAGAGACAGACGAGGCAGUUCAAAAGCAAGCCCCCCAAAAAGGGGGUGCAGGGGUUUGGUGAUGACAUCCCGGGCAUGGAGGGGCUGGGAACAGACAUCACCGUCAUCUGUCCCUGGGAAGCCUUCAGCCACCUGGAGCUGCACGAGCUGGCCCAGUACGGCAUCAUCUAG